AUGAAAGUCCUUAUCUUGACUGCUGCUAGGCUGCUGCUUCUGCCGGCCACUUUUUGCCAAAGUGGCACGAAAAAUAUUUCCGAGAACUCAGGACAGGCAACCUUAAGUAUUAAGACCUUCAAUGGAGCUCCCUCCAAUACCUUUGAAGAGUUCCCGCUUUCUGACAUAGAGGAUUGGACAGGGGCCACCACGACUGUGAAAAUGAAAUGUCCUGAAGAAAGCAUUUCAACUCUCCAUGUGAAUAACGCUACCAUGGGAUACCUGAGAAGCUCCUUAAGUACCAAACUGAUACCUUCCAUCUACAUCCUGGUGUUUGUGGUCGGUGUGCCAGCGAACAUUGUGACCCUGUGGAAACUCUCCUCAAGGACCAAAUCCAUCUGUCUGGUCAUCUUUCACACCAACCUGGCCAUCGCAGAUCUCCUUUUCUGUGUCACACUGCCAUUUAAGAUUGCCUACCACCUCAAUGGGAACAACUGGGUCUUUGGAGAGGCCAUGUGCCGCAUCACCACGCUCAUUUUCUACGGCAACAUGUACUGUUCCAUUCUCAUCCUCACCUGCAUGGGCAUCAACCGAUACCUGGCCACUGUCCAUCCCUUCACAUACCGGAAGCUGCCCAAACGCAACUUCAGUCUGCUCAUGUGUGGCCUGGUGUGGGUAAUGGUCUUCUUAUAUAUGCUGCCCUUCGCCAUCCUGAGGCAGGAGUAUCAUCUUGUCCAGCCAGAGAUCACCACCUGCCAUGAUGUCCACAACACAUGCGAGUCUCCAUCUCCCUUCCAGUUCUACUACUUCACCUCCUUAGCGUUCUUUGGAUUCCUCCUUCCGUUCGUGGUCAUUGUCUACUGUUACACAACUCUCAUCCGCAAGCUUAACGCACAGGAUCGCAGAUGGAUGAGGUAUAUCAAGGCGGUUCUCCUCAUCCUUGUGAUUUUCACAAUCUGCUUUGCUCCUACCAACAUUAUACUCAUAAUUCACCACGCCAACUACUACUACAACAACACCGACAGCUUGUACUUUAUGUAUCUCAUCGCUUUGUGCCUGGGGAGCCUGAAUAGUUGCCUAGAUCCAUUCCUUUAUUUUGUCAUGUCAAAAAUUGUAGAUCAGCUUACUUCUUAGCCAACAUUGGCAAGAGCAUCUUAGAGAACAAGGAAAGAUAUUGCCGAAAAUGUACCUGCUGGAGCCGACUUGUGCAUGGCAGCAA